AGGAGGGCACUUGGUCCCAUGCAUAUGUCUAUCUUUGUCUGUCUGUCCUGCUGUGAUGAUUAAUUCAACAUGUUUUGAUAUGACUCUGUGUCUGCUGUCCUUUAUGUUUUAGCUUAGUCUCCUGUAUUUUAUCUUUGUGUUUGCGCGGCUGUGUGUCUUCACUGAGCUUGUGCGUGUGACUGGUGGGUGAACCCUGGUCUAGGUUUGUAUACAGAUGUUUGUUUAUGAACUGUGACCUGUUAGAAGGAAUGUUCCUAGAGGGAACAACAGGUUGUAAGCUUAUUAACUUCCAGGGGUAUUUUCUGAAACCAUUGCGCACACACAACUGACUAAACUCUAGCAGUGGUUGAGUAUAUGACUAUAUGUUAAUUUAUUGCAUGUACUGAAUAGGUUAUAUAACUUAUAUGGUGAAGGGGGGUCAAGUGGUAACCAAGGGCAACAACCCCUGAACCUCGAGCUGAAAAGGACGUAAAUUAUUAAUGUGCGCGGAUGGAGGCGAGCAUGAAGUGUAGCCCUGAAUUUGGCACAGACCGGACUUCGGAGUGCCAGAGUGUGUGUGUUUAGUGCUUUGGUGUGUUUGUAUCCUAUUGACAGCACUUGGGAGUGUCAACGAGUGAAAGCUGCGCGGGCAUCGUGUGUUGUGUGAAUGGCGGAUGACUAGGCUCGGUACAAAAAUCGGUCACCUGUUCGCACCGCAGACUUUGCCCAGUGAGGGAGUGUGUACGGAAAUUCUGUAACAGGCAGCUGGCAAGCGAAACUAGCAGCGGAACGGGGGCGCCUCGAGCUGUCAAGCGCGAGCCGAUCGCUGAAGCGCUCCAGGGUUAUAGGCUAGAUUCCCACUGAUACCGCUGCUGCCAUGAAGAGGAGGGAGUAUCCAGUCGGCGAAGUCCUCAUCAUUCCAAUGACAUCGACUUCACCUUCACCCCAGGACUCAGCUCGACCCCAAGCCCUUCCCCUCCAGCCCUCUUCCCCUCCUCCCCCUGUCUCCUCCCCUCCUCCCCCCCUUUCUCUGUCCAAUCCCCAGCUCCAGGCUGAGUUUCUGAGGAGAGCUCCCAGAGCUGCCUCCCCUGACAACGACUCGGCUAGAUCCCAAAUCCUUCCCCUCCAGCCCUCUCCCCCCAUCUCCACCUCUGUGGCUCCCCGCUCCUCCCUUCCUCCCCCUCUUUCCUCCCCUCCUCCACCCCUCUGUCUGUCCAGUCCCCAGCUCCAGGCGGAGUUUCUGAGGAGAGCUAGCCGUGGUCUCAGAACUGUCUCCUGCGACACCGACGAUGUCCUCACCUCCCCCAGCUCCCCCCUGGUUUCACCCUUUACCUCCACCACCACUUCCCCCCUUACCUCCCCACCUCAGCCUCUCUCCCCCACCUCUCCCUUUAGCUCUCCACCACAGCCCCUCUCCCCCACCACGCCCACUACAGAGGGCCGCGCUACUCGCCUGUCUCUUUCCAGUCCUGAGCUGCUGACAGAGCUGCGUCGGUCUCAGUCCCGUCCUAUGAAGCACGUCUCCAUCUCUAAAGGACUCACCACUGUCUUCUGUGGACGGGGCAGGGGUGUAACGGUAAGACUCCUAGCUCUGCUCCUGCCUCAGGAGCAACCAACCAGACACUCCGCUCAGACUCCACGGCCAAUGGAAGAAGACAAGCGGGUCCCAAGCUGUCCAAUGGGACAUAGCGUUAGACUAAGUUAAAGUGCC